GAGGAAGCAUGACUGAGAGGCAAUCUAGCAUUGCGUCUGCCCUCCCCUGCUGUCUUCAACAGUUUGAAAGUAACUGUCAGUCUAUCGCAAACAGUUUAAGCAAGACGGUGUUACCCUCAGGACUUAAAAGCAGAAAAGGAUCCUUUGAGAAUGUCAAGCUCUUUAGUUGUGUGUGAAGUGGAUGAAAGUCUGAAAGAUAAACUGAAAAAGUUUAGAUUUCGAAAAGAGACCAGCAAUGCUGCCAUACUAAUGAAAAUAGACAUGGAGAAACAGCUCGUUAUUCUUGAGGAGGAAUAUGACGACAUCUCAAUGGAUGACUUAAGGAAUGAACUUCCAGAGCGGCAGCCCAGAUUCAUUGUCUACAGCUACAAAUAUGUCCAUGAUGAUGGCAGAGUGUCUUACCCGCUGUGUUUCAUAUUCUCCAGUCCCGUGGGGUGCAAGCCAGAGCAGCAGAUGAUGUAUGCAGGAAGCAAGAAUCGACUGGUCCAAACUGCAGAGCUCACAAAGGUGUUUGAAACAAGAAACCCUGACGACUUGACAGAAGAAUGGCUGAAGAGCCACCUGUCAUUUUUUCGCUGAAUGUACAUCUUCUGCAUCUCCAAAAGGUUCCUUUAUGAAACAAGGCUGUCAGUUUAAUGUCCAUCUGGUGUGUAUGGAAUUGUUAAUAAACAUUUUAAUCAAAACA